AAAGUCCACCAAAACCACGACGGACGCCGGAAGUCGCACGGCAAAAGCCGGCAACGCGUCGACCGAAUCCACUAGUGCCCCUCUUCCGCGUCUCCGGUCCUAUAAUAGACCGGCGCCCCCGCACCCGACGAGAAUUCCACACCCACCAAACUGUGAGCAGCGCAGCGGCGACCAGCGCCCAACUAAUUUUCCCCCUCACCUCCCCCUCCCUCGAUCUCGCUCUCGCUCUCGUCGUCGAUCGGCAUGGCCACCGAUGUGUUGCGCGCGCACAACAUCCUGAUGCCGGCGCCACCGCCGCAGAGGAUCCGGGCGGCGGCGGCGGCGCACCGGAGGCCUGCUGCGGGUAGCGACAAUCACCACCACCCCGGCGCCACCAGGAGGAGGUCGCAGCCGGUCGGGACGUCGUCUCCCGCGGCCGGCCGGAGACACCGCGGCAGGAAGAUGAGGUCUGCGGUGGAAGUGUACGCCGGGCCAGGGUUCUCGACGUCCCCCGACCCGAGCUCGCUGCCGCUACCGCAGUUCCCCACCACCAGGAAGGCUGUGGCCGCCGCCGCGGUCGACGCCGCCGCCGCCGCGACGCGCGACCUCAGGCUUAUCCUGCGGCUGGAGUAGCCAGCUGGAUGGAUACAUAUCUCGUCUGCUGGAUCAAUUGGUGGCUCCGUUUUUUUUUCAAAUUUUUUAUUAGCUCCUACUCCUAUACGUACAUAACUUUACUACUACUAGUCAACGCACACGCAUGAUCCAUCAAGCUGCAUGUUAGUUCUGGCUGCCCUCCUGGUUCCGUCCACGCUGCCGCGGCGAGGCUUCCGGCUCAGUUUUAUUGUGUGGCCGGCGGCGAGGCACGCCGCGGCGGCCGUGGGAUCCCACCGCGACGGCGGUGUAGAAUGAUCGUCGCAGCAAUAUACUCUGUACUGUGACCUGGAAGUAGAUAGUAUAAGAUACACCUAUGUAUACUCAUAUAUGUGUAGAGUAACUGUGGGGGUUCAUCCGUGUAAUAAGUUAUCAGCAUGUAAUCCUCUCCGUCUCUGUUCAUCAAUAUACAUUUUUAUAUAUUUCAACAA